AACAAACAUAUUGAUCAACAACUGAAGUCCUGUCAUCGGUCACGCUCAUAACUAACAGCAAGUAUGCUUUCGCUUGCGCGGAACCUCAAUGCAACUCGCGCUAUUAUUCACGCAGGAACUUCUGCCAACUUCUUCUGUCGACGUCCCGCGUUGGUUCUGUGCGUAAAUCCCAACAGGAAGCGCUCGGGGAAACGUUACAAUGUGCCACCCAGCGCCGAGUUUGUCGCCCGGGUGUCGGGGAUCCCCACCAUGGCCAAGUUACCGUACCAGGAGACGGCGGACGGGCUCGAUGCGGCGUUCAUCGGCGUCCCCAUCGACACCGGGACGUCCAACCGACCCGGGGCGAGGUUCGGUCCUCGGCAGAUCCGAGUGGAAUCUGCUUUGUUGAGAUCUUACAACAGUGGCACCAGGGCAGCACCUUACGAGUCCCUCAUGGUGGCUGACAUUGGGGACGUCAAUGUGAAUGUGUAUGACCUGAAGGACACCUGCAAACGCAUCAGAGACGCCUACAGGACGAUCCUGGCUACUGGCUGUAUUCCUCUGACUAUGGGUGGCGAUCACACGAUUGCAUAUCCGAUCCUACAAGCUGUUGCUGAGCGGCAUGGCCCAGUGGGUCUGGUCCACGUGGAUGCUCACGCGGACACCAGUGACGUGGUCUUGGGGGAGAAGAUUGGACACGGGACUCCGUUCAGACGUUGUGUGGAGGAAGGGCUUCUGGACUGCAAGCGAGUGGUCCAGAUCGGCCUGCGCGGUACAGGCUACUCUGCAGAUUCGUAUGAAUGGAGCCGGGCACAGGGUUUCCGUGUGGUCCAAGUGGAAGAGUGCUGGUUCAAAUCCCUUUCCCCUCUGAUGGCCGAGGUGAGGGCUCAGAUGGGCAGCGGCCCAGUUUACCUCAGUUUCGACAUCGAUGCUCUUGACCCGGGCUUCGCCCCCGGAACAGGCACGCCAGAGAUAGCAGGGCUUACUCCCAUUCAGGGAGUUGAGAUUAUUCGGGGCUGCCGUGGUUUAAACCUUGUUGGAUGUGAUCUUGUGGAGGUUUCUCCGCCCUACGACACCACAGGGAACACCGCACUGACUGGUGCCAACCUCCUUUUUGAAAUGCUGUGCGUCCUCCCAAAAAUUAAAUAUUUUGAUUAGUAAAUUUAUCACAGAUUAAUUAAAUAACUAAAUUAAGUGCACACAAAUUUUCAUAUCAUAUAAUAGCACUGUGUAAACAUUCAGACCUUGAAAUGCUUGUUUUGGUUAUAUACGAACAUCUAACGGGACAAACAAAUAUUUAGCCCCAACAAGAGGGAAAGUGUCUUCUACAAACUGCCUCUUUUACAGCAGCUUUGUGGAAAAACAUAAUUUUACCGUUGCUAACUUAAACUAUAGAUGUGGGCCACUGGCAACCCAGCUCUCAUUUCGAAGAGAGGAUAUUAUUAAACAUAUACACACACACACAAAUUACCUUUUCAACCGACAUAAAGGGCAAGUAUGAAUAAUUCUGGAGGAUUUACAGUGUCUCCAUCUUCUGCACCACCUCUUUGCAGAUGGGCCCAACGUGAAUGAAUGCAGUUGAAGUGAAAGUCAUUGAUCUUUAUCAGCUGUGGUCUAUUGUAGCUGUCAGGCAGUGACAUUUUUGAUAUACCGGCUAAAGUACAACGUGUACUUGCUGUCAGCAAAGUCCCUCUGGUUCUUGCUGUGGAAAGUAAAGUUUAAGAUGGAUUUAUAGUCAAAAUGAGAAGCAGGCAUGAUGUUGAUCGCUGGCUGGGUGUCCUCCAGCCUGCCCGCUAUGGUUGCAAUUAAAACAUUUGACCUUUUAUUGAAGAAGAUCAAGAAAUAUCAAUAUGAAUGGACAUCUUCUACAGUUUAAUGAAAUGACUGCCCGCUUCAUUGCCCUGCAUUUCUUUGUGUCUCGAACGAAUGUUGUCUGCUAGGGGAGCGAGCGGAAUCAGACGUACCCCGAUGGAUUUUUGUCCGCAUGCUCUAACUGGUGGACCGAUCAAAGAAGGCGGCGAUGUAAAUGAGGAAGUGUCUCAACCAGGCGUGCCCCAUGAGCCUGAUUUCUAAUAUUUCUAGAAGCACAAUUGUUGUUUUAUUUUUCAGAAACAGACAUUUUAGGACAUCAACUGUGUGACAUUAUAAGAGCUGAAGCUCAUGUUCUGUAUGUGGGUCGAUAAUACCACACGUGUGUCGUGCACAUGUUGGCUGUGUUUACACGGAGUGUCGCCGUGUCUCCAUCAGUGAAUAUUAAUGCUGUCUUUAAAGUUGGUUUUGGCAAACAGCCAUAUAGUUAAACUAUAGUAAACUUACAGCCAACAGGGAGACCAGAGCUGUUGCAGAAGCAAUUUGCCAAAUCUGUAUUCCUGCAUAAUAUUACUUUUUAAUUCUGCUUUGCUUAAUCUAAAUUAUGUAUUUCCCUGUCUGUAUAAUUGUAUACCCAAACUUUAAAGUGUAUAGUAGCCUUUGCGGAGCAGCGUUCUCAUCAUCAAGCCGGAGUAAUCAGGCCCUCAACUUUAUUGUGGAAGUCAAGACCAAUUUGAAACAAAGUAAGAACAAUUUCCUCUGCUUCAGCAUCUGAAACCACAUCUAAAACGCUAUAAGGUCCAUUAAAUAAAACCAUAAUGACUGCAAUAAAGAGCCAUUUGCAGUAAUAGCUGUUGCAUCAC